AUGAAGAUUUAUCUCAACCUUUGGUUGUUACUACUAUUGGGUUGUCGCGGCGAAAGAUCGUUGAAAGUGCAGGUGUAUCCAGGCUUUGGCUGGGAUCACUUACGAUUUCUGGAUAUGUCUCCAAUCUAUGAUGUGUCAAAUUUUAAUGAUUCAGACAAGUUUCAAUCAUGUAUUGAACUAAUUCCUUUACAUGAGAACAAGAUUGAAUUGGCAUCAACAGAGAUGGACAUGUAUAAUUCGCACAGCAGUGAUUAUUCAUCAAAUCUGAUGAUAGGUGGCAGUGCUGGUUACUUAGGUUUCAAGAUCAGUGGCUCUUAUUCCAAAGAAUAUCAGACAGCAAAAAAGGAGCAAGGCCAAGAGAAGACCGUCGUUCUUCGAAAUGAAAUUAACUAUCUGAUGGUAGAUGCAAUUAUUCAGUCGUCAUGCCCCGUACAUCCCCAAGUGAAGAAGGAUAUAGCUAAUAUUGCUAAACAUCAAUCGAAUAACGAGAGUCUCUUGGCCACUUAUUACGCACAGUUAUUUGUCAAAAAGUAUGGCACACAUGUUACCAGUCGGUUGUAUUUGGGUGGAUCAAUUGUUGAAGAAAAUUUCAUAUCUCAUUCAGAUUACUAUUCGAGUACUACGUCGAAAAAUGCUUACAAGGCAGCAGCAGAAGCUUCUUUCAGAGCUACGGUCAAUGAACAUAAAAACAGAAUUCAACGGAAAGUGGUAAGUUCCAAAGGUGGUGACGUAUUCAUAUUAGGCGGUCACAUGGAAGCGUGGCAAGCCUCGAUAAAAACGAAUCCAGCUAUUGUUCGACGAAGUAUUGAGAACAUUACAUAUUUCAUCCAAACAGACCAGUUUCCUGAGAUGACCGAAGUUGCAUUAACGAACGUCCGAAAAGAAAUUGAGCAGGCAGUUAAUUCUUAUGUGGAAAUGAAUACGAUUCGAGGAUGCAUGGAUCGAAAUUCGCCGUCUUUUAACUGGGUUUCAAAUGUUGCGGAUAGCUCUUGUGCUCCAAUUUCACAAUCGACACAAUUUGGCGGAUUUAUUCGCACUUGCUCAGAAGAUUCUCGCAUGUCGUCACACUGCUAUUAUCUGCGACAGAAUAAUUACUAUACUGGCAACGAUCAGUGUGUAUACGGUUUCAAUAAGUAUUUGUUGCAUACUUCAUCUCAAUAUCAAUCACUAUAUCGUCAAAAUUGCUGGAAAUGUGGAUUUUUGUGGUUGAAAACAUGUUGUGAAGACGUUUACGUAGGCCAAGGACGACGUGAACUUUAUUUGUAUGUUUGCAAUCGUAAUGCUACUCAACGGUCUGGCUCUUACAGUAGUAUUGAUGUCCAAUCGACCUAUCUGUUCGGUGGUUCAUACGCAUCGCAGAAAGUUAAUCCUGUAACUAAUGCUUUUACUUGUCCUGAUAGCCUAUUCGUAGCUUACGAUAUCAAUGGCAUCAGAGUAUGUCUUGCUGAAAGAACACCAACAAGCAGAAAAGAUCUUCCUCGUUAUGGUGGUAUGUAUUCAUGCCAAUAUGGCAAUAUGGCUACUCGAACGCAUGUAAAAGGCUGUUCAGAAGGUUAUAGCGCCUAUGCUAUCGGAUCUAUCGAUGGAAACUGUGCUCUAGAAGUGUGUUUAAAGUUUGAGACUACCAGUGAUCAACGGGAAUUACCAUCUGUUGCUUUACCACCAUUCUUUUCAAUCGAUACCAUCUAUUCACAAGUUGGCGCAAAUGAAACAUCAACAGACGAUAUAUCAACAAACGAAACAACAGCCUAUGAUACAAUAACUACUCAAAUGAUCUAG